AUGGCCAGAGGAACAUAUGUUGUUCUAGGUGGUGGCCAGGCAGAGGAACUAGGUAUCAUGCAAGACAACUCGGGGGGAAUAUUUUUGCUCUGCAUGAUUCUUAUGUCUCUCUCACUUAUAUCAAUGGUCAUAUUUGCUUGUGGUGAUGAUGAAGGAUCAAGCAAGAAAAGAUGCGGAGCCAGCCGCGGCAGUGGUGGUGCAGCUUGUGGUGGAGGUUGUGGAGGUGGUUAG